CCAGAAUCCUCGCCCAACAUGGCCGACCAAAUCACGCACAUGCAGGAAGACAUCCACAAGCUCCAGAAGAUGGUUCAUGCCCUGUUUGAUAAGAUUGAAGAUGAGAAGUGCGAAGCAAGCGACGUCUACGCUGACAAGGAUAAGCUGGUGGAGCUGAUCAAUCGCCUCUGCACAAAGAUGGGCGAUGCCAACAUGCUCGAGCUCACAAUUUCGCCUGCAAAGGAUAUUGGGCAAGAUCAAAUUCAGGAAUUGAAAGAAAACAUUGCUAAGCUGCAGUCGGAGCGUCAAAAUUUACAGCGUCGAACGGCCGCCUGCGUCAAGGGCAUUUAUUAACACGGCUAACGCAGCACCUACAGGAAAUGCCUUUCUUUGGACACAAGCUACCUGCAUGUGGCAUAAUUGUGGAAGGCAGGUGGAGCUGCUUGAGUUUAAUUAGCCGAACUGUGUUGUUGCCGUGUCCUUCCAGAUUGAAUUCACCCCAUCCGGGACCACGAGUUUGACCGCAUGCGGCGAGUACAAUCCUGACGCGACAGAUGACAAGGGUCUGCCCCUGUGCAUUUCUCAUCAGCUUUUUAGGAACCGCAUACUGCCGGUCGUAGUCACCCCUGGCGAUUCCAUCACUCGAGCAAGAUAUGUUACAACGCUAUAGCUCGUCCAUGUCGGCAGCAACUGCAGGUGUCUUUGUCGAAGUUUUGGUCGACGUGUGGGCAUUGCUUUUUGCUUUCUUUUGGACGUCAAUGCGGGCCCGGAUCGCGUUGAGCGCAGGGUAGAUGUCGUUGUCCAUGAGUGGGAGAAGCGCACGACGGAAGCUGUUGUACAUGUCUGGGUUCAAGCUCUCUUCUUGGAACAGCAUCUUCUUGACGCGUUGACGUUCCUUGGGCUGUUCAAAGCAUGCAGGGCAGUUCUCGUUGAUCACAGGCAGGCGCGACGAGUACGCAAAGUGCUUCAGCGCUUCCUCUCGGACGUACACGAGCGGCCGCAGGAUUUGCACGUCGUUCGUGUCGUUCCAGUACUUGGCCUUCAUCGUCCGGACUUGGCCGUUGUACAUGGCGGACAUGAUAAAGCUCUCCGCGAGAUCGUCCAAGUGCUGGGCAAGCACAAGUUUGUUGAAGUUGUGGGUGCGGCAGCACGAGUACAGCAGUCCCCGCUUCAUGCGCGAGCAGUACGCGCACAGCGAGUCCCCUUCCAUCUCGCACAUCGCACGCUCCACGAUGUUCUCGGACAGGUAAUGGUACUCGACGCCAAGCGUGCGCAUGUAGUCCUUGAGCGGACUCGGGUCAAAGCUAGGCGUUUGGGGGUCGACCGUCGCGCACGCGAUCGUGAAUCGGACGGGCGCGCGCUUCUGUAGCGUCAGUAAAAUGUGCAACAAGCUCAGGGAGUCCUUUCCCCCAGACACGCCCAAGAGCAGUCUGUCGCCGUCCUGAAUCAUCUGCCACUGCAUCAUGGCCUGCCCCACGAGCCGCAUCAUUUUCUUGGGAGGCUGCGGGAACAGUCGAGUCGUCGUGACUUGCUGGGCGAUUUUUCCGGUCGCGGCGAUCGCUUGCUCGAGCCCUUGGAGCGGGUUCGUGCUGGCUGAGGGGUCG